AAAUUCUAGGGUAUAAAAAGCCCCAUUUCGUCUCCCUCGUUUUUCUUCGCUCUCCAAAUUCAGCUCUAACCAUCUGGGGACACUGGAAUAAGUGCUAAUCGGAUCAAAUCGAUCGGGAAGAAUGACUACUUUCGAACUGUACCGGAGAUCGACGAUUGGGAUGUGCUUGACGGAAACUCUGGAUCAGAUGGUUUCCACUGGAGUUCUCAGGCCCGAACUCGCCAUUCAAGUUCUGAUUCAAUUCGAUAAGUCAAUGACUGAAGUUCUAGAGAGUGAUGUGAAGAGCAAAGUUUCUGUUAAGGGGCAUCUUCACACAUAUCGUUUCUGCGACAAUGUCUGGACCUUCCUUGUGCAAAAUGCACAGCUUAAAAGCGAAGAAAUCCAGGAAACUGUCGAAUCCGUUAAGAUAGUUGCAUGCGACUCAAAGCUACUAACUGAAUGAAAAGAUGAACUAGCUGUAUAUGUGGAUUUGCUAGUGAUGGAGAUAAAUGUUGUAACAGAAGAGAGGAUGUGAUAGAAAUCUGCAGCAGCAAUCUCCACCGUCCCUGUUGUUUUUUUAAUUCUAUCAUGUAUCAGUAUCAAUGAAAUGGAGAAUUGGAGAUGUACACUUUUUAUACCCCUAAUCACUUUUUCACUUCACUGCAAUGGCGCAUGGCAUUGCCUUUGUUGGAUGAAUGAAUCUACUAGUGUUGGUAAUUUGUGUCAUUCAA